AUGGGAUUCACAGUUGCCCUUCACAACUCUCCAGUUGAGAUUUGUCGUUUUCAUGGCGUGCAGUGGGGUUCGACACAACUUGGUUUGGGUUGUAGCUCCAUGAAGUGCUCAAUAGUAAAAGUAUCUACUUCUCAUUUAGCUUUCUCGAACAAAUGCAGUCAUGGAAUUCACUCUUGCUUGCCAUGGAAGGUCGAUAAUGGUUCUGAAAGAGAGGCAAUGAAUUUGAUCAAGAUGAUAUGUCUGAACUCAGAAGAUUCGAAUGCGAGUGCUAAGAGAAAAUUCAAAGAGCAAAUAAAUUCGAAAAAGCUUCCGAAUCCUUUGACAUCUUCUUUAGAUGGACCUUUUGUUAGAAAUGAAGAGGAAACGAACAAUGAUAUUCUUCAAAAGUUCUGCAGCAGUGGAAAACUUAAUGAUGCAACACGGCUGAUAGAAAUUAGGCGUCAGAAUCAAAUUCCUCAUUUCCCUUCUUGCAUAAACUUAACAAGGGGCUUUGUAAAAGUAAAUGAGCUCGAUAAAGCCGACAAAGUUCUUCAGAUUAUCAUAAUGUCUGGUGGGAUCCCUGGUAAUAUUACAUAUAACAUGAUGGUUCGUGGUCUUUUUAAGAGAGGACGGAUACGAUCUGCUAUUGACCUCUUGGAAAAGAUGAGCUUAUGUGGUUGCCCCCCCAGAUGUGAUUACGUACAAUACAAUAAUCCGCUGCAUGUUUGA